AUGGCAGCUUCAGAUAUCCAGGCCAAGAAGAGCCGCAAGCGCAGUGACUAUGGCUAUCACCAAGUACACCAGACACGAUGGUUCGACAACGACAUGUACGCACAUCUAAACAACACCGUCUACACAGCCCUCUUCGACACCAUCGCAAACGCCUAUCUCAUCGAACACUGCGGCCGAAACCCCUUCAGCGUCAACAACCCCACCCCCCAAAGCUCCUCCUCCAGCCAAACAUCCAACCUCGACAUCGGCGACGACCAAAUUGGUCUAAUUGUCUCCACCCACUGCGACUUCUUUGCCUCGGUCGCAUUCCCAGAUGUCUUGGAGGUGGGCCUGCGUGUUGCCAAGCUGGGCUCGUCUAGCGUUACGUGGGAGGUUGGGGUGUUUCGGAAAGGCGAGGAGGAUGUAAAGAUGGUGGGGACGUAUACGCAUGUUUUUGUGUUGCGGGAGACUAUGCGGGUUGGGAAGGGGGGAAUGGUGAAGCAGGUGCGCGAGGGAUUGGAGAAGUUGUUAAAUUCGCCCGGGGCGAAGCUGUGA